GGGAGUCACAUGUGGGGGGACACUGAUGUCAUCUGGGGGUGUCACCUGCAGGACAUGGAGGUGUCACACAUGGGGGGACACUGAUGACGGGGGGGUCACCCACAGGGUGUGGAGGUGCCACCUGUGGGUGCGGAGAUGUCACCCAUAAGGGGACACAGAUAUCACACAUGGGGACGUGGAGGUGCCGCCUGAGGGCACAGGUGUCACCCAUGUGCGUGGAGGUGUCACCCACGGGCACAGAGAUGUCACCCAUAAGGACACGAGGAUGUCACCCAUGGGUCCAGUACAGCUGACCGGUGCGCCCAGUACACCCCCACCAUGGGGACAGGGGCGACACUCUGAGCACCGCAGGGCACUGGAGCACAGGGGAACUGGGCACACUGGGAGGCACUGGGAGGCAGCAGGACAUGGGGGGACACUGGGGACAUAGGGACACCGGGGGACACUGGGCCUGCAGGUGGUGGGACUGGGGGGCACUGGGAGCAGCACUGGGCCAUACUGGGGAUGCAGUAGAGUGGCACUGGGAGAUAGUGGGGACACAGUGAGGCAGCACUGGGAGGUUCUGUGUGCAUGGCACUGGGAGCACUGGGCUGUACUGGGGACACAGCAGGACCGAUCCCUGGGAGCACUGGGAGAUACUGGGGGCACAGCAGGGUACCACAUGGAGCACUGGGCCAUACUGGGCACAGAGUGGGGUUGCACUGAGAGAUACUGGGGGUGCAGCAGAGCAGCACUGGGAGCACUGGGCCAUACUGGGAAUGCAGGAUUGUGGGACUGGGAGCACUGAGGGAUACUGGGGGCACAGCGGAGUACCACUGCGAGCAAUGGAAUGCACUGGGGACACAGUGGGGCGUUACUGGGAGAUACUGGAGGCACAACAGAGUAGCACUGGGAGCGCUGGACCAUACUGGGAGCAUAGCGGGGCACCACUGGGAGCACUGGGGGCACAGUGGGGUGGCACUGGGAGAUACUGGGGGUGCAGCAGCGCGGCACUGGAAGCACUGGGAGACACUGGAAGCACAGUGGGGCACCACUGGGAGCACUGGGGGCACAGUGGGGUGGCACUGGGGGGUACCAGGGGCGCAGCAGAGCGGCACUGGGAGCACUGGGCCAUACUGGGAGCACAGCGGGGGGGGGCACCGGGAGCCCCGCGCGAUGCCGGGGGCGGCGCGGGGGCCGUACCGGGGGCCGUACCGGGGCCGUACCGGGGCGGUCUCGCAGGAGGCUCCGGGGGCAGCCCCGGGGGCGGCGGCGCUGCGGCAGCGCGCGGUACCGGGAGCCCCGAGCCGCACCGGGGCAGCCCCGGGAGCAGCGCGGCGGCGGCGGCGGCGGCCCCGGGCGGGGCGGAGCCGGGGCAUGGCGGGCCUGGGAGCGCUGGAACCGGGCACCGGCACCGGCACCGUCCCGGCCACCAAGGUGGAGCUCACCGUGUCCUGCAGGCAGCUGCUGGACAAGGACACCUUCUCCAAGUCCGACCCGCUCUGCGUCCUCUACACCCAGGGCCUGGACACCAAGCAGUGGCGGGAGUUCGGCCGCACCGAGGUCAUCGACAACUCCCUGAACCCCGACUUCGUGCGCAAGUUCGUGCUGGACUACUUCUUCGAGGAGAAGCAGAACCUGCGCUUCGACCUGUACGAUGUGGACUCCAAAAGCCCCGACCUGUCCAAGCACGACUUCCUGGGCCAGGCCUUCUGCACCCUCGGUGAGAUCGUGGGCUCGGCCGGCAGCCGCCUGGAGAAGCCGCUGACGAUGGGGACGGUCACAGCACAAUCCCGCGGCAAGAAGCCGGCUCCGGCCCUCUCCAACGGGGGCAUCCCUGGGAAGAAGUGCGGCACCAUCAUCCUCCUCGCCGAGGAGCUGGGCAACUGCAGGGACGUGGCCACGCUGCAGUUCUGCGCCAACAAGCUGGACAAGAAGGAUUUCUUCGGCAAGUCCGACCCCUUCAUGGUCUUCUACCGGAGCAAUGAGGACGGGACCUUCACCAUCUGCCACAAGACCGAGGUGGUGAGGAACACGCUGAACCCGGUCUGGCCGGCCUUCGCCAUCCCCGUGCGCGCCCUCUGCAACGGCGACUACGACCGGGCCAUCAAGGUGGAGGUGUACGACUGGGACCGUGACGGCAGCCACGACUUCAUCGGCGAGUUCACCACCAGCUACCGGGAGCUGGCGCGGGGGCAGAGCCAGUUCAACGUCUACGAGGUGGUGAACCCGCGGAAGAAGAUGAAGAAGAAGAAGUACCUGAACUCGGGGACGGUGACGCUGCUGUCCUUCGCCGUGGAGUCCGACCACACCUUCCUGGACUACAUCAGGGGCGGGACCCAAAUCAACUUCACGGUGGCCAUCGACUUCACCGCGUCCAACGGCAACCCCUCGCAGUCCACCUCGCUGCACUACCUGAGCCCCUACCAGCUCAACGCCUACACCAUGGCGCUCAAGGCCGUGGGCGAGAUCAUCCAGGACUAUGACAGUGACAAGAUGUUCCCGGCGCUCGGCUUCGGCGCCAAGAUCCCUCCGGACGGGCGCGUGUCCCACGAGUUCCCGCUGAACGGCGACGCCGCCAACCCCUCGUGCAGCGGCAUCGAGGGCAUCCUGGAGGCCUAUCACCGGAGCCUGCGCAGCGUCCAGCUCUACGGCCCCACCAACUUCGCCCCCGUGGUCAACCAUGUGGCCCGCUCGGCCGCGGCGGUGCCCGACGGCUCCCAGUACUUCGUGCUCCUCAUCAUCACCGACGGCGUCAUCUCGGACAUGGCGCAGACCAAGGAGGCCAUCGUCAACGCUGCCAAGCUCCCGAUGUCCAUCAUCAUCGUGGGGGUCGGACAGGCCGAGUUUGAUGCCAUGGUGGAGCUGGACGGGGACGACAUCCGCAUCUCCUCCCGCGGGAAGGUGGCCGAGCGCGACAUCGUGCAGUUUGUUCCUUUCCGUGACUACAUCGACCGCACGGGGAACCAGGUGCUGAGCAUGGCGCGCCUGGCCAAGGACGUGCUGGCCGAGAUCCCCGACCAGUUCAUCUCCUACAUGAAGGCGCGUGGCAUCAAGCCCCAGCCCGCGCCCCCCAGCCCCGACCCCCCCGGCCCCCCGCCGCCCCCCCCCCAGCCCUGACGGCUCCCGGCCCCGCUGUGUCCCCCAGGACCCCGCUCCAGCCGUGGUGAUGGGUGGGGACCUGGGGACGUGGCCGGAGCCCCCCCCAUCCUCAGCUGAGGGAUAAAUCACUGCCAGGCACCCCCAGCCCCUCCCUGCCCCACAGAAACUGGAUUUGGGGGGGGGAUUGGCCACAUCCUGCACCCCCUCCUCCCCUACCAGGACCCUGACCCCUUGUACCUAUGGGGGGGGGAAAUGAGGAUCCCCCCACUGCCCACAGGGAGCCCCUGGGGCACCCCCUGUGCCCCCCCCCCCCAUGCCCAGAGCCCACCUGUGUCACCCCCCCCGACCCCAGGUCACCCACCCUUUGUCCCUGUAGUGAGGGUUGGGGGGUCCCUACAUUUCCCCCCCCCCCAUCAUUUUUCUACGUGCAUGGACGUGUUGUGUGCCUGUGCGCUGGGUCGUGGUGCGUUGCCUUAAACUGCAAUAAAUUUCGGUCUUUUU